AUGAAAAAUCCGUUUUUAUUAUCUUUUCGAUAAAAAAAAAAAAAAAAACUCUAGUGGACCGGUAUGGAGUCUACAGGCUACGGAGUAUAUUGUAUCAAUACGAGAGUACCUCAAUAGUAGGGUUUAUCAAAAACAAUCAAAGCUUGCAGGGUUUAGCUUGACCUCAAAGCUCAGGAGCUCCAACAAUGGCGAGAUCGGCAAGGUCCUCAGUUUCUCGCCUCUACUACACCCUUUUCACUUCAUCUACUCCCCACCAAACCCAAUAUCGGUCAUCUCCAUUCCUCCACCGCCAUUUCCGAUUAUUCUCCGCCGGCAGCGCUGCCCGCGUCAAAGAAGAGAAAGGCUCUCAAUUGCAGGACUCAUUAUCGAAAGUCCGAAACAUCGGAAUAUCGGCGCAUAUCGAUUCCGGAAAGACCACAUUGACGGAAAGAAUUUUGUAUUACACUGGAAGAAUUCAUGAGAUCCAUGAAGUUAGAGGAAGAGAUGGUGUUGGUGCGAAAAUGGAUUCCAUGGAUUUGGAGAGAGAAAAGGGGAUUACUAUUCAAUCUGCUGCUACUUACUGUACUUGGAAUGGUUAUCAGGUCAAUAUCAUUGAUACUCCGGGUCAUGUUGACUUUACCAUUGAAGUAGAGCGUGCCUUGCGUGUCCUUGAUGGUGCCAUUCUCGUCCUUUGCAGUGUUGGUGGUGUUCAGAGCCAAUCGAUUACUGUUGAUCGGCAAAUGAGGAGGUAUGAAGUUCCAAGAAUUGCAUUCAUUAAUAAAUUGGACCGAAUGGGAGCUGAUCCGUGGAAGGUUCUUAAUCAGGCUAGGUCAAAGCUUCGGCAUCAUAGUGCUGCUCUGCAAGUACCAAUUGGCCUGGAAGAAGAUUUUCAGGGUCUUGUGGAUCUUGUGCAAUUAAAAGCUUAUUAUUUUGAAGGAUCGAGUGGGGGAAAAGUUGUCACCGCUGAAAUUCCUGCAGAUAUGGAAGGUUUAGUGGCAGAAAAGCGGCAUGAGCUGAUAGAGGCAGUCUCUGAGGUUGAUGAUAAAUUGGCUGAGUUGUUUCUUGCUGAUGAACCCAUAUCAUCUUCUGAUCUUGAGGAAGCAAUACGUAGGGCUACUGUUGCCCGGAAAUUUGUCCCUGUAUUCAUGGGCACUGCUUUCAAGAACAAGGGUGUUCAGCCACUUCUUGAUGGAGUUCUCAAUUACUUGCCGUGUCCUACUGAAGUCAACAACUAUGCUUUGGAUCAAAAUAAUAAUGAAGAGAAGGUAUUGUUACCUGGGUCUACAACAGGACCUCUCGUAGCACUGGCUUUUAAAUUGGAAGAAGGACGAUUUGGUCAAUUAACAUUUUUGAGAAUAUAUGAGGGCGUCAUCAAGAAAGGGGACUUCAUACAUAAUAUCAACACUGGAAAGAGACUUAAGGUUCCUCGCCUUGUACGGAUGCAUUCUAAUGAGAUGGAGGACAUUCAAGAGGCACAUGCUGGACAAAUUGUUGCUGUAUUUGGAGUCGAUUGUGCUACAGGUGACACUUUCACUGAUGGAACAGUCAAGUACACUAUGACUUCUAUGAAUGUUCCUGAGCCAGUGAUGUCAUUGGCUGUUUCACCAGUUUCUAAGGAUUCUGGAGGGCAGUUUUCAAAAGCAUUGAAUCGUUUCCAGAAGGAAGAUCCAACCUUCCGUGUGGGGUUAGAUCCAGAGAGUGGGCAGACGAUUAUUUCUGGUAUGGGAGAACUACAUCUAUCCAUUUAUGUUGAGCGCAUCCGAAGAGAGUACAAGGUUGAAGCACAAACAGGAAAGCCUCGUGUUAAUUUCAGAGAAGCUAUUACUCAACGUGCUGAAUUUGAUUAUUUGCAUAAGAAGCAAAGUGGAGGUCAGGGUCAAUAUGGAAGAGUGUGUGGUUAUGUUGAACCACUUCCUAUGGGAUCGACAACCAAGUUUGAAUUUGAAAACUUGAUAGUAGGACAAGCUAUCCCCUCAAACUUCAUACCAGCAAUUGAGAAAGGAUUUAGAGAAGCAGCAAACUCGGGUUCCCUUAUUGGACAUCCGGUGGAGUAUGUUCGUGUUUGUUUAACUGACGGUGCAUCCCACGCUGUGGAUUCUAGUGAACUUGCAUUCAAGUUGGCUUCAAUAUAUGCCUUUAGACAGUGCUAUACAAAAGCAAAGCCUGUGGUACUAGAACCAAUAAUGUUGGUGGAGGUUAAAGUACCAUCAGAGUUUCAAGGUUCUGUGACCGGUGAUAUCAACAAGAGAAAAGGUCUGAUUAUUGGUAACGACCAGGAUGGUGAUGAUUCUGUUAUUAUUGCACAUAUCCCUUUGAACAAGAUGUUUGGAUAUUCCACAGACCUGCGCUCAAUGACACAGGGAAAAGGUGAAUUCUCAAUGGAAUACAAAGAACAUUCUGCAGUUCCUCAAGAUGUGCAGAUGGAAUUGGUGAAUGACUAUAAGGCCACAAAGGCAGCCGAACAGUAAUAGAUAUGUUAACGGAAAGGAGAACUUUACAUGAUACGCUUUUUUUGGAUAUUCAAGAUGCUCAGAUAACAGUCAUUCAGUUAGCAUGUAGGUGAGUUUCAUGUCUUAUGCUGACUACAGAUUUUGGUAGCUGGAAUAAUAUGCCGAUUGAUAUACCCCAGGGUCCUCUGAUACUUGAGGAAUGUGGGUCAUUCCUCUAAAAGAUAGAUGAUUUUCUUUGUAUAGUUGUAUGCUCACAUUCUUUGUUAAUUAUAGUUGAUGCUGUAUUUGCAGUUUGGAAAACUGAGAACUCGCCCUACGCCCUAUGUCCUCUUUCUCUGAUAAUUUGUUUUUGGCUCUUACUUUAGCUUUGGGAAAAAAGACAUCACCCACCAUCAUCCUCUGGAUUGUUUUAGACUGAUAGUUCUAGUCUACUACAGUGUGGUUAUAAUAUAAACUCUGUUCUUUUUGUAAAAUAAAGAACCGAGGAUACAGUUUAGCAUAUUACAAUAUUUGUAUAGUCUGUGGAAUUAUAGCUAUAGCCAAGGAGCUAUAUGCGUAUCUUGGCACGAAUAAGACUAUUUACCAAACCGGAGAGAACAAAGUAACUUACUACAAAGUAUUUCCUUUUU